AUGGUCAACGUUCUUUCGCUAUCUUCACUAGCGUUCUUGCCUUUGGUGUUUCUCUCGGUUUACGCGGAAAAUGAUUGGAAAACACCUUGUUUGAACGGUGUCUGUCAAUACUCCUUUACUGGAAGUAGCUCGGGUACUGUCAAAAUUCGGGGUUCUCCGGAUGCCAUUACUGAUAUCACGACCGCUGCUGGUUGGGAGAUUUUGAGUUGCUCUUCCGAUGCUUUAGCUCAGGAUAUUCGACUUGUAUGCCAAGGCGACGAGAACUCGGAAUCUGGAUGCGCACAUCUUUAUCAGAACAUCGGAGCUGAGGGGAAGAUCGUCCGUCUUCCAGAGAACUGUGGAAAGAGCGCUUUCGCCCGGGUCUCCAAAGCAUGGGUUUCAGAAGAUCAGUCUAUUCCGGCGACGGUUGCGAAGCGUCUCGUCAGGAGAGAUGGUGCCCCGCCUAUUGUGAAGGCUUUGCGUCUUGACACUGAUUUCGCUGCAGCUGACACACUCGGACCUGUCAACAUCACUAUUCAAGGAACCAAUUUCGACGACGCCGAUGUCGAAGGCGUGAAGCCAACAGCGGGACCUCAACGUCGACGGCGUUCCCGUUUCCGCCUUUUUAAACGUCGUAAUACUAACAACUUGUUUGGCAUUGACAAAAACAAAAUCGACUUUAACAAGACUGUCGACCUUCCUCCGUUCAGCUUGACCAAGAACGCGAAUCUCCUUGAUGCUAAAGUUUCCUGCCCAAAUCUUGACGCUGGUAUCAAGGUCGGCGUCGACAGCGAUCGCUCUGCACAAGUUAGUAUUGGUGCUGUUACCACUGGAAUAUUUCAGGACACGAUGCAAAGAAAUUGGGGAAUUCUUUUGCCCAUGAUGUUACUCUAGCUGUUUGGCCAUUUGUUCCACUCAACCGAGAUACCACCGGAACCCCACAAACUUGUUCAGUGUUCCGAGUCCGCUACAGCGUUGAUAACAUUGAGAUUCAGUAUAUCUGAUGCGGUCCAAAGCUGGCGUUGGAGGGCGACUGGGAGUUUUAAAAUGAAUAGUGUGAAGAGAGGGGGGGUUAUAAUCAUUGAGAUUCGAGUAUUUAUGUUCCGGAUAUCGAAUAUCAACGCAGUGAAGGUAUCUGCCAAGUUCGAGC